AUGGGUAAUUUUCAUCAUAAAGCAUUAAUGAUAUCCGCCUCAAUUAGUGCAUAUACAGCACCGACACUUAUGGGAAUAUGUUUAUUAACAGAUCAUUGGAUAUAUGGAAGACAAGCACGUUUAUCACAAAAUCCAACAUUAAAACCAGGUGAUUUAAGAGCAAAUUUUACAUAUCAUCGAAUUGGUUUGUGGAGAGAAUGUGUAAAAGAAACAGAAAAUGGUCCUUUCGCUUGUGAUUUAGUGAAAUAUUCAAAAGCAGAAGCAAAAUUAGAAAAAGGAUUUAAAGCAGUUUCAUAUCGUUCAGCACCAAGUAUGGCAUGUUUUAUCGCAGCCUCAGCAUUAUUAGUAUUAGCCAUAUUUUUGUUCAGUCGAGGAUUAUUAACGAUGGUUGGUGUUACAUUAUAUGUUAGUAUUACUACAGAAGAAAAUGUGAAAAUGGAUCAAGAGUUUCCUGUUAUGGAAUCUGAUUAUGGUUUUUCAUUCAUAUGUGCUGUCAUGUCAUUUGUAUUACAAGAAUUGACUGGUGUAUUAACCGUCUAUUGGUUUAUUUAUCGUUUUCGUGCAUUAGUUCGAAAACAAGAAAAACUACGUGAACGAACACGAGAAUUAAUGGGAAAUUGUUUACAAAUGACAACGGCAUUACCGUUAAAUUUAGCACAUUUAACGAAUUCUGCAUCAAAAUCAAAAGAAAAUUCAUCAACACCGAAAGCUUACGCUGAUUAUCAUCAUCAACCAUUACAAAAUUCUUCAGGUAAUCGAACACAAAAUGCGCGUAUUCGCUAUAUGAUCGAUCCCGAUCCUCAACGUUUAAAACCGCCGAGACGUCGAAUACCAUUCGAUGCCAAUUAUAAAACAGUACCUCCAUCACAACAAUCCGCACAUACAGCAACAAACUAUAUCAUAGCGGAUAAAAAUUUUAUUCCUCGUUCGCCAAGUAAUUUUUAUGGAGAAUAUUGUCGUAUUCUAAUUCGGCAAGAAGAUAUGGCAUUACUAACAAAAAUGGUUAAAUCGAAAUCACAAGCACUUCUAUUAAAUAGUCCCACACCGUCUACAAGAAAACAGAUACUCAUGCCAAAUGAUACAAAUGCUAUAAUGUGCAAGUCUACAUCGUCGCCAUCAACAAGUCAAAUGAAGCAACAACAACAACAUAAUCCAACACUUCCAGCACAAAACACAAGAAGGAGUCUAAGAAAGGGUGUUAAACGUACUACAUCUGUAUAG